AAAAAACCUAGUCGACAUUUCUCGCGACGUAAAAGUCAUCUACUAAGAUGGCUCAUAACCCCGGCUCGUUUCACUCCGCCUUGUGGCGUCAGGUUGCUGCUACGUCUUCAAGGCUCAGAACAGGGACUUCCAAGAGGACGACGACCCAGAACGCCAUCAUGCUGGCUUCGUUCUGUGCCACUCUCCUACCGCUACUAGCGGAGGGUCUGCUGCAUACCGUCAGCAAAAAGUCCGCGGAGGUCGAGAUGGAGGCUCCGACGUCGAUGUUUCGAAAGGAAACCAUGCCAGCUGUGCCCACCACGGUGAUUGUGAUCAUCAAUCUGACGGUGCAGUAUUUCCUCGUGUACGCCAUGCUGGCCUUCUAUGGAUGUGUCAGAGUUGAAAUCGACAAAGUUGAAAUAAUUUGUCGUGCAUAAAAUGGAUGCCAGUUGGAACCCAGUUUCCAAGCGGCGCAUGACAAAUUUUGGCGGUCCUUAAAUCCAGUUUGUCAUGCUGUUUAGGCUUAGAAGACUGAUUUUCUUAUGCUACUUUAGCAGCUCGAGCUGUAACCCCUAACAGGCUUACAAUCGGCCUCACUUGCCUGCUCUGCAACGCACGUGCCUCGGGUCAUGCAUUUUAUGCAUUACAGAUUAUUUCAACUUUGACGAUUUCAAACCUGACGCUUCCAUACCUUCUCCCGUACCUUCAACGCGAUGUACCCGGGGAAUCCCUCGCUUCUGGGCUUUCAGAAACUCAUGGAAUCCUGCACUUUUUUAUGAAGUGCAAGCAUCAUAUAAAUCGUGGCAGCUGCUGGUGCUUCUGCUCGGUCGGUGAAGUAGGCCUGGCAAAUCUACGCAUUUUGACCGUCCUGGCGCGCCGGCGUCGCGUCAUCCUCCAUACAACGAGAGGUCUGGCGUGUUUUUGAUCAAAAUCAUGCCAAGUGGAUACACAAUCAAAAACUUGUAUACGGGUUGUGAGUGCCAGUGGUCGCAGGUACUUAUCGGCUGCACGACAGACUGAAAAUACGACUGACGUGCCUCUACCUUAGUCCCUUCGAGCUGACACCGAUCAAAUAAAAGUAGCCACGAUGCAGCACUCUCCUUUCAUACCCUGUCUGCAACUACUGUCCGAUGUUGUGUGUGCUUUACCUCGGCGCCCGCAUGCGCGCGGAGCAGAUUGCGCAGGGCAAGACGGAGGAAUUGAAUCUGCCUUCCCCAUUGACCCGGUUUGGCAUGCAGCUGGGGGCCAACUGCGUUUUGGGACAGCUGCUCUGCGUUCUGGUGUUACCGCUCCUGAUAUGACAGUGCACAACUCCCCCGUGUCGUCCCCCUCAUUUGUGAUGGAUGAACGACAGAUGAGGGGGAGAUGAGCGGAGUGCUGCAAAAAUCUCAUACUUCACCGGGAGCUGCUCCGUGCCCGUGGAUGGGGAGGGGAACUUGGACUUGCAGAGGUGCGUAUUAGCGCCGGAUAUUUUACGUGAUUACGUACGGCAAGCAUCACUUACUUAUGCUGCCACGUGGGACUCUCUUUUUUGUUUUGCUGGGUUUGACUAUGAUACAGAACAUGAAUUCAGCAAAUAUUUCUGUAGGCUUGGCGUCUCCAAGGCGGUGUUAGCCCUGCUGACCACUCUGCGCUACUUCCUCCUCGCUGGCGUGUAUGGGGGCGCCAUUGUCGUGGUGUACGGGAUUCACACGAUGGACAUUGCGGACGAAGCCAUCAAAAACCAGAUGUGGCCAGACGACACCUUCCCGAAAGUGUCCCCGCCGGUGCAGGCCACGAUCUUUCUUUCUUCCCUCUUCUUCGUGCUCUACUCCGCGCUGGCGCUGCUGCGCACCUACAUGGAUUUCUUCGGUGCCAACAACGUGGCCGAGAAGCUGGGCGGCUGCCUGUCGCUCGCCACGUUCACCGUCAACAUGGCGCCGAUGCUGUAUCAUUUGUAAAAACCUCCCCACACCAGAGUUGUAAUGCAAAUCUGCAUGCUGAAAUGGUUUCUCAUGCCGAGACCCAUGAGAAGCAGUCUUUAGUCGUGUUUUGGGCUUUGUGAUGCCAGAAGCAGCAUGAUAUGCCAGAUCUGUGAUGCUGCUGAACAAGCUAAACAGGAGCAUUACACUACGAGGGCAAGCCUGUCAUGCGAGACAGCCAAAGCUAGUGGAUUUGUCUAGCAGAUUUCUCAUCUUGACUAUGGGGUGGGGACGUUUUAACACAGGAUAGGCUGUGCAUCCUGUUCAUCGGCGCGCGGAUGCGCGCCUUGCAGAUGGACCCCGUGACCGGCAAGCUUCCGGAGUACGCCCAGUACGCCUGCUACGGGUGCAGCGGCGCGAUUCUGCUGCAGGCCGCGCUGAUCAUCCUUCUGCCCUACACCGCGCCCCAGGUGCAGUGCGUUCGCGGGGAUUUCGAGGGCGACGUGAAAUUCGUGGGGCUGCGCGGUCUCCUCGCCACGGUCUUCCAAACGCUCCGGUAUUUUGCCCUGUUUGCGUAUGGGAGUGCCAGGAUCGAAAUCGACAAAAUCGAAAUGAUCUGUAAUGCAUAAAAUGCUACGCAAAAAGCGAAUCUAUUGCAGAGGAUGCAAGGAAGGCGGAUUGUAGUCCUGGUAAGGGUUAAGUGUUGGGCUGCUGACUAGCAUGACAAAAGGCAGCUCUUUUGCCCUAAACCGCAUGACAAAUUCGCUUCCAGGAGGGGGAUAAUUUGUCAUGCGCCGACUACAAGCUGUGGGUCUAACUGGCAUCGAUUUUGUGCAUCACAAGUUUUUCGAUUUUGUCAAGUUCGAUUCUGACACUUCAAUAUUGCGGUCUACGGCGGGUUUUCCGCUGUCUGCUACGCCAUCUUCACGAUGAAACCCGCCGGGGCGGACGACAGCUUCGCGCCGCCGCCCCUGUCGCCCGCCAUGCUCUGCGUGAUGAACCUGGUGGCGCAGUACUUCUUUAUUUACCUAUCCCUCUUCGUGACGCAAACCAUUCGCAUGUACAAGCCCGACAUCCGGCUCUUGAACGUGUGUACACCUGGGAAAUAUUGCGUCUGCUGGUUCUUGUUCGUGCCCUGAAGGAAGAUGCGUACUGUUUGCGUGUUUUGCUUUCGGAAAUUUGUUCAUUUCUCAAAAAUAAAUUGCAUCUGUAUAAUUGCUAUUGCAUGUCGCGACUGGUUUUGUCAGUCUUGCGCAAAAUCGAAGAACAGGUCUUCCAAUUAUUCGACUUAGAAAGGGUGUUUAUGUAGAUGCAUUUCGAAGAUUCGCAACGGAGCCGCUGCGAUUGCGCGUUAAAGCGUCUCAAUCAUCAAGAACACUUCAUCUUCAUCAGCGAGAAAUGCAUGACUUUCUUCCCUGUCGGAACCACCCAGAGGGCGUAAUAUUUGCGUGUGAUAGUUUUUGCGCAGGCGGUAGAGAACGCGCGUAUGACGGUGAUGUAUGCCCCAAUGCUCGCCGUUCUGUUCGUCGUGUGCCGAAUGCGUGCGCUGCAGCUAGCGCGCACGACGAGCAACACCAUCCCCGCAAACGCCGGGCCACCGACGUACGCGCAGGAGUGCAUGUACCUCGCGACCUGGAGCGUGUUUGGAGGUCUCAAGCGUUUGUAUUCCUUGCUGUUGAUGCAUGAAGUAUUUGUGACGCAAGACAAACAAAAGGGCAAGGGUGGGGAACAAGGUAAAGACUUGCGCGCCUUUGAUACUUACUUAUUCAUAUUUACGAAUUUGUAGCGGCUUCCCUUCCUUUGCUAUUCAGCGCGUCGCGAACUUGCCAUGCGAAGUAGCUUUAUCGUCUCUAUUCAUUGGCUUUGGGCUAUUGGUAAACAUUGCAUGGCAAUUCAUUUCACGCAACAGCGACCAGUGUAAAAACGCUUGAGAAUCCUAUAGCGUGCUGGCACAGAUUUUGCUCGUGCUCGUCAUGUCCUUUUCAUACCCGAUCGAGCUGGAUGAUUAUGUCGGGGAACAAAGUCUUCUGCUACCCCUACCUAUCAUCAAGCUUUUUGUAGUUGUUUUCAACAAUCCUCCACGGUACUCAAUUCGAUUUAACGAUUCGUUACGUUGUUUUUUGAUGUAGUUGUUCGUGUAAAAAUCAUCCGACUUAUUUUCGUAUAAAACGAAUCGAUGCUGUAGUUGAGGACGCGGAGGGUCGUGCAACUCAUGCAUGGUGACUGGGCAAGAAGAUUUUCGUUGCACGAGGAUAACGAAGACGGCAAUGUAAAGGUUCCCAAGACCAGUAACCUCACCGUUGCGUACUUGAUUUCAGCGUUGCGGUACGGCUCCCUGAUCGCCAUGCACGGUGGCUCGUGCGGGAUCGUGUACGCGUAUCCACAGUGAAUUUCCUGUACACGACGUACAAAUGCGGUUCCUGCAUGACCAAGCUUGCCUUCGAUCCUAGUUAGCAUGACAACUGCCAUGCUCUAAGUUGGGGAAAUUUUUGAUGCAUUUUGUACGUGUGCGGUAAAUUUCCUGUGGAUAACACGCUGAUCUACAUGACCCCGGAGACCAUCCAGCCCUACGCACACAACCCGAUCCUGCCCCCCAGUGUCGGGGUGGAGGUGCCUAUGGUAGGGAAAAGCUGCGACCUCUCGGCCGGCUUGACGACGUCGACAAGUACUCGUUUAUUUUAAGAUCAUACAGACCGCUUCGUGUUCGUCUGCGAGUUCAUCGAAGUAUCAUCUCGGAAAGAACUCUCAGGCCCUCGCUGCAGGUCCACCAUCCUCCCUAGGUUACAGCAACUCGUCCGCAGAGACGAGCAAAACCGUGGGAGUUCAUUUUCGUUGUGCAUGGAUGCAGAUAUUAUAUGCCAAAAAUAUUAAUCGAUGACAUGAAAUGUUUACAUGCGUCGGCCGCCGAAAAGGAUCAUAUGACUUCCUCCUCCAUAGCCUCCGCUCCUGUCAGCCCGGAAUCUACCGCUGCCGUCGCAGAUAUCCUCGCAAACAGUGUUAGCAACUUUUUUGGCAGAUCAAUUCGUCAGGGUCAGGCGGUAACGCAUGAGCUAAAACGCUGCAACUGCUGGCAGAGAAGCCUAGCAUGCAUCGAAUAACGAAAUAAGACACAGUGUAAUAUCAUGCAUGGGUGGAGGUGGAGGAGCCUCCUUCUCAAUCUUCAGUAAAAUAAGCUGUUGGAGAUGGAGGCGUUAACUAACACUUUCUGCUUGAUAACAGGCUCCGCUCCACUGGGCUCGGCACCCGCGACCACGCCGGGCAGCGGCGCGGCAACCAGUUUCUUGGCGUUUGCGUGAAGGGUCAGGGGUUGACUUGACUACUUGACUGCGCGUAUAGCUUGACUGCGCGUAUAGUUAUGUCGCAGUGGAGGUCUCACUAGUAGGCGGAGAUGAGCGAUGUACAGAGACUCAGUAGCGGGCAUUCUCGCAGCACCAUAGAUAAGGUCGAGCUCCUCAUCUUUCAGGCCCUUUUUUUUUUCCACAGUAGUUUCUUUUGUGAGUUUCUACUUUCGCGGCGACCAUUUGCAUCUUUCACAGCGCCCGGAAAGCGCGACAUCUGAUCGUGAAAUGACAUAAUAUUUUUUUCCGUCGAAGGAGACAUAGAGAUAGAAGAUGAACUUCUUGAUGAAGAUGAUUUUGCACAGC